AUGCAGGCGGCAAAGCAAGCAGUCACGGAAUUCCUGCACCAUGGGAAUAAACAUUCCGUUGACAUCGAGCAAGAAACAAAGCCUGCCGUCCUGCACGAGCGGGUAUUGGAAAGACAGCAUGAGACAGUGACCCACGCAGUCGAUCGGGAAAUCCAUCAACAUCAUCACCAAAUCCACGUUCAACCUAUUCAAGACAAGAUUGUCGAAGUAGAGCAACAUCACCAUAAUGUGAUUCCCAUUGAGCACCGGAACCGCCACCAUGGAAAGGACAGAGAGAUCGAGACGGCGCUUGCUACUGAGCAUGGUAAAUUCAAAGACGAGCGCGAAAUUCUUCCCGUCGAAACUACCAAUUCUACCAGCUUAGUUGUUGGAGAACAUGUUCAUCAUCAUAUCCACGACUACAUCCAGCCAGUCAUCGAACGAGAGCGAGUGGUCCCCCACGUAGUCCACACUAUGGUUCCGAUUCAUGAACACAUUGAGCAUGAACCCUAUAUUCAUAAGGGGAAUGUACUUCCCGUGAUGACCUUGGAGGAAUUCACAAAGAAGGGAUAUAUGUUGGAAGGAGCGAAGAAACCAUUGGAGCAUAUCGACUACGAGGGCGACCCGCUCGAGAUCGAUGGAAACUCCCACGUUGGGUUUAUUAAAGCCGGCGAGCAUUCCGGGGCCGCUGCGGGAGUUGCUACGGCCGGAAUUGCUGCGGCUGGGGCCGGAGUGGCUGCUGAGCAGGCGUACACUCUCUCUUCGAAGAAGAAGGGCCAUCGUCGUACCAGCAUAAUCUCUACAUCUUCCUCGUCGUCGGAUGAAGAAAAGGAAAGGAGAAUUCCAAGAUCAAUGUCAAUCAGCUCAAGCAAAAAGAAGAAGUCGAAGGAGAGCCCAAGCCCGCGCAAACAUAGCUGGCUUGACCGAUUGAACCCUCGAGUUGAAACUACCAACGGGGCUUAA